UUUUAGCAUAUUGGUGUUCUUUUGGGGGAGGCUUUAGCAAUUUGCAACUAAGGUUUGUUGUUAUUAUGUCAAAGCUUUAUUGGUAGGGAGGAGAAUGUUAUGUGGAUAAAAUAAUAAUAUUACAUUGAAAGUUUGAAACUCUAGUACUUGUAUUCUCUCUGUUGAAUUUGAGGUUUUGAUUUGGUUGUAUUUAUAGUGCACAUGUUCUGUUUGAUGUUUUGUUUUCUCUGGAUUGAGGUUUGAGGUAAGUUGCAAGAGUUGUUGUGUUUCAAUGUGAUUUUUUGAGGGUCAAUAAUGAAAUCUUUGAGUAGUGUAGGUCUUGGUUUGAGCAUUGUUUUCUGUUGCCUCUUGUUAGCUUUGGUAGCUGAAGUUUACUACUUGUUAUGGUGGAAGAAGAGGAUAACAACCAAUAAUAGAGAGAUUGAGAAUCAUAACUAUGGCAAUCCUUUCAAAGAGCUUUUAUAUAUGUUUUGUUGGAAGAAGCCAUCACCAUCAACAUUAUCAUUAUCAUCAUCAUCUUUGAGGCACAAUACCGGUUUCACUUGUUCUUCAAUGAGUACCAGUGACACCCUUGUUCAUGACCCUGAAUCACAAACUAACAACAAAGAAUUUCACUUCAAACCCUUUGGUGAAGAUGCUGAGUACAUGAGGCAACAAGAGCUAUUAGGCCCUCCAAGAUUCUUGUUCACAAUAGUUGAAGAAUCAAAGGAAGAUUUAGAAUCUGAUGAUGGAAAAUCUAAGGGAAAAGGUUCAAGAGGUAGAAGCUUAGGCGAUUUGCUUGUUGUGGAAACACCAUAUUUGACUCCUAAUGCAUCUCCAUCAUUCUUCACUCCUCCUUUCACUCCAAGUAGUCCUUACAACCAGCAUGGAUUCAAUCCUCUUUUCGAGUCCACAACCGAAUCCGAGUUUAAUAGGAUUAAGUCGUCACCUCCUCCAAAGUUCAAGUUCUUGCAAGAAGCAGAAGAGAAGCUUAGAAGAAAGUUACAAGAAGGUGAAAGCAAUAAGGGAAAUAAUAAUGUAGAUGAGGUUGAUGAUUGUUCCACGAUGACAACCAUUGUUGAUAAGAAAACAGAAAGAGAGGUUAACAACCAUUCUCAUCAUCAUAAUCAUCAUCAUCAUCAUAAUCUACCACAGCACCAUUCAAGCUCUUCACAGGUACUUCCCUUAGCUUCUUGAAUCUUUGACACAUUUCCACAGGAAGAGACCAUCUAACACCAAAGUUCUGUCAAUCAAACUAGAGGGAGUUUUUCUUUUCUUUUUCUUUUUCUUUCUUUUUGCUCUUUCUCAUUAAUCUCUCUAAUUACAUUGUGAUGAAUUCCACUUAUGUUUUUAGAUUUUGGAAUUUGUUUCCUCCACUGUUGAGUUGUUUUGGGAUGCAGUUAAAACUCAAUCUGCUAAGCCAGUUGUUCAAUGUACUCUGAACGUUACAAAGUAUUUUCUGCCCAGAAAAAGGUUUAAAGGUGGGACUAAUGCAAUUGGGAAAUUAUGGGGUUGCUUUAUUUUAUUGAAUUUCCAUUUUCCUAAUGUAGCUGACAUUGUAAUUACUAAUAUUAUUGUUAUUGUUAUUAUUAUUAAUAUUUUUUUAGUGAUCA